GAGAGAAAACAAAGUCGGAAACGAGCAAGAAGAGAGAAAAGAUAUUUUCUUCUCGCGGGUACGACGAACGGCGGUGUUGUUUUCCGUAAUCCGUUUCUCGUUUCUCGCGCGCGCGCCACUGCUCCAUAGUCUCUGCCGCUCUUGUGUUGUCGACUGCCGUGUAUUUGCCGGCCCGUCCGCAAGCCGUCUCCGAUUCCGCCGUCGUCUUCUCCGUUCCGGGUCUUCCUCGCCACACUACGCGAAACGACGACCACCUGAAGGCUGCUUGCCCACCCAUACUGGCUGCCGUGGUCGCUCAAACGUUUCCGUUUGUGACGCACAAGUGUCCCCAAGUCCUAUAAGGUUCAAACAAUGGCCGAUCAGAGGUUCUGUUUGCGGUGGAACAACCACCAGCCUAACCUGGUGAACGUCAUGACGGGCCUGUUGAACAGUGAGAUGUUCGUGGACGCCACCAUCGCCGCCGAAGGCCGGAAAAUACAAGUGCACAAAGUCGUGCUGUCUGCAUGCAGCAGCUAUUUUCAAAUGCUUUUCAAUGAAACACCUUGUCAACAUCCAAUAAUCAUCAUCAAAGACAUGUCUUAUAAUCAUUUAAAAACAUUAAUUGAGUUUAUGUACUAUGGUGAAGUUAACAUCUCUCAAGAUCAACUCCCAAUUAUUUUAAAAGCAGCUGAAAGCUUACAAAUAAAAGGAUUGACAGAGAAAACCAUGUUUCCAUUUGCUACAACACGACACGCAGAAACUGAAUAUAGUUUGUUGUCACCCACAGCAAAACGAAAAAAAAUGCAUCUCAUGAAAACAUCCAGUGAUAAAUCUGAACACAACAGUUCUAUCGAAGAUAUAUCAGUAACUGAACAAGAUAAUAUGUCAACUAGAUCUCAACCUACAUCACAAGGACAAGAAGCAUCAAAACCUAUUAGUAGUGUAAGCAAACAAUCGUCUACAGAUAACCAUACAACAAUUGUUCACCAUAAACCUGAAGUUAAUAAACGAAUUAGGACUCUAGUACGUCAACCCCAUAUAAAAAUCAAUGAUAGUGACAUGAGUACAGAUACAUCAAUGGUAAUAAACGAAACAAAUGAUGAAUCUGAACCUGUAAUCCGAGUGCUAGAGAGGCAGUGUUCAGAGCCAAAUCCAUCAUCAACCAACACACUAGCUGUUCCUAAACCAACCAUAGUCAAACAAAUUUCUCAGCCAUCUGAACCUAGUCUAAUGGCUAGAGGCCUCUUCAAUGAUGAAUUGCCCACUAGCGCAUCACAGGUAAACACAACUGAUUCUUAUAAUGGAUCAACACGAUCUGACCACUGCCCAUUGUUACGUUCGGGACCGGCACUUGGAUGCAGUUUCUGUUGGAACACAAUAGACACCCGUGGAAGGUUCUUGAGACGCAAAACCAAAUAUCAAUGCCCCGAAUGCAAUAUAAACCUUUGCCUGGUUCCUUGUUUUCAGGAGUUUCACGAAAAACAAAUUCAGACAAAAUCCACUGAUAUUCCUACAACAGAUCAUCCUCGAACUCAAAAGAUGACAGACGACGCAGCGGAAUAAUAUUUUCCUGUGAUAUCAAUUUGUUAUAACCUAAAAUAAUUAACUAAGCGUUACCAUUUGUUACUACUUAAGAAUUUGUUCUGAUUUUAUUUUAGUCUAGAACAAAAUAAUACUUAGUUACACAUUAUUAUGAAUAUAGAUAUAUUUUUUUUUAUAUGUUCAAGAAUAUUUUUAAAAUUUAAAAAUAUACAGACAUUUGCGAAAAUAUAAUAUAAUACCGUUGCCAUUAAAAGUGUUGACCACAAUUUGCAUUGA